AUGCAAGUCAAGUCCCGCCACCAACCUACGACCGUUUCCCGCCUCACCAAGUUGCAAAUCAUGCCCCCUACCGAACGGCACCUAUUGUGUUUGCUCCUUACACAACGGAAGACAAGCGAAGGGACGGAUUUCAAGGUUGGGAGGACGGAAGCAAACACAAUAAAGAUUCAGGUGGCCAAAACGACUUCAAAAGGCCGAGGAAGCUUUUACCUUGCUCAAUUCGACUUACGAAUACGUCCUCAUGACAGAGAAUCAGAUAAUUCUGAAGCCAAACAACCGGAAGCUCCUUCGACAAGUCGACAAGUCGACAAAGACAUCGGAGUAUUCUGCCACUACCACGAAUACAACGACCACGAUAUCGAAUCAUGCAUCGCCCUCCGGAAGGUCGUUGAGCGCCUCAUCAACGAAGGUAAACUGGAUCAAUACCUUAGUACAAAAUCGACCCCCAAGCAACCAGCAAAUCGGCAAAUCAAUAUGAUCAGUGGAGGAGCACCCAUAGCUGACACCAGCAACUGCUCAAUUAAAAGGUACAUGCGUGCCGUUCAACAUUCUCAGAUCCUCAACAUCGUUGGAGCGCUCAACGACAAAAUUCGAUGA